CCCCGACGAGGAAAAUCCUGGACAAGCUUAGAUAUGCCUCUGCGCGUAUACGUAUUGCAUAAUACAUCGUAAACAAAGUGCACAAUAACACAAUGCAAAAUUGAAACUCGUUUGAAAGAAAAAAAUCGUAAGAUAUUUUUGCGAAACCGUCACAUUUUAAUUCGAGAGCUUUAAUUGAUGGAUAAAGUUAACAAGGUAUUUUGUCGAAAUGAAGGUUUUUAAAAUCUUAACUGGUAUUUGUGUUCGGUUGACUGACUCAGAGAGAGUCGAGAGAGAGAGCUGACAGCUGACUCAGUGACACAACUCAAAAUAUUGGUAUCGCUCAUGGUGAAAAUACACCAGCCAACCCGCGAUCAAGACGUGAUUCAAGAGCGUUUGGGAGCAGAUCGGAAGGGCGCAAGAUGUGUUGAGGUGGGUCAGGUUGUGAGGUGUCAUGAUGUUUUGCUGAGUCGCUGCCGUCCAAUAACCUAAGAGUUUUUCAUUAUUUCGUUUGUGUUAAGUGACAUAAGUUUUAAUUCGUUAAAAAAGAAGAUAUUCGAAUUCCAUUGAACAUUAGCGUAUCUUUCACACAUUCGAAUUGCUUUGUCAAAAUGAAUAGUGAUUUGAGAGCAGAAGAUAUUCUGGUGCAAGUCAGAGAAAAACUUAAUAGUGAUCAGGUGAAAUUGUGGUUACCUCCGUAUUACACGGAAGGAAGUGGACGAUGUGAAGAAGAAAUUGAGAAACUCUCAAGAUCAUACAGUCAGUCUUUAAAUUUGGAUUUGUCAAGUUGUCUUACAGCUAUACAGAGUCUGCAGAGUCGAGCUCUUGAACGAUUACAAGAAAGGAAUCAUUAUAGGGACACAGGGUUAGCAACUGUGAAGGUUCGUGUGCCAAAUCAACUUCAUCAGAGGAACCAGUUGUCUAUCCAAAUGAGAUUAACUUGCCUGGCAAAGGAUUUGCAGGAAGCUGUUGCACGAGAAAUUAACGAUACUUCUGCAAGAGUGAAGCUUAUUUCAAAUGGCCGAGUUUUAGAUUAUGAAGUUUCGUUAAGUACUCAAGGAGUAAGGCAUGGAACCCAACUGAUGGCUAUUAUUCUUAAUGAAGAUCCAAGUGAGGUGGAGAUUGCUGAUCAAACUGGGAAAAAACUGUACUUGCCUACUGAAGAGAAACGAGCUUUAAUUGUUGCCAUGUCAUUGCAUGAAAAAGGAAGAGUAGCUUUGAAGGCAGAAAACUAUGCUCUUGCUUUGCUGCUUUUCCUAGAAGCAGACAAAGAAUUUAGUAUUUGUAACUCCAGCAUCUUGCAAUCAGUAGACAAUUAUGCUCUGCUGAAUCUGGACAUUGCAUGGUGCUAUCUCUGUUUACGCAGUGUUACAUAUCUUCCUGAUGCAGAACAGAGACUGAAGAAGUGUGAACAGAGUUUUGAGCGUAGUUAUGGACCAAACCUGGAACGUGUUCUUGCUUUAAAAGGAAAUACAGGUAAUGAAGCAGCUCUUUUUAUGAGGCUUCAUCUAUUGCAAGCUAUUGUUCUUUUCCACCAAAACAAACGGCAAGAAGCAGCACGUUUAUUUUCACUUGUGGAAACAGAACUUGGCAAUCUAAAAGUAGAUGAUGGUUGCCUCUGCCAGUUGAUGGAACUAGGUUACACUGCAUCUGAAGCACGACUUGGUCUUCGUGCUGCUCAUGGAAAUAUAGGUGGAGCAGUGGAAUUAAUAACUCGACGUCGUGAAGAACGUGAGCAACUGAGGAAGAAAGAAGAAGCUGAACGUAAACAGAAUAGAGAGCGGAGAAAACUGGGACGUUGUGCAGAUGGUCGCCAAUGGGUGGAACCACAGUUGUACCAGUUGCUGUUAUCAAUGGGCUUUACACCAUUUCUGGCCCAGAGAGCUCUACAACAUACUAAUAAUGAUGUACAGAUGAGUGUACAGUUAAUUCAAGAACAACCAGAUCUCUUGUGCCAACAAGAUUUUAACAGAGAUACUAUCAAUAAGGUAGUAGCACUUGGAUUUAGUAGAAAAAAGGCCAAGAAGGCUCUACGCAACUGUAAUGGAGAUGUUGAAAGAGCUGCAGAACUUCUUCUUAGGCAGAUUGGGGAAUCAUCCAAUUCAGGAAGUGAUGAGGACAGUGACACCGACACUGAUAAUUCUGCACGUGAUGAUGGAAUGGAAGAAAAACAACAAGCAUUUGAAAACCUUACAAAAGGCAUGGCCACAAAUGAGGAAGAUCACUUAGAUUUGACUCUGGUACACGAAGAAAGUUUCCUGAGGGAGUACAAAGCAUUGCUGAACAUGCCUAAUAACCAGUGAAAAUGUAUUUUAUGUGACAUAUUGGUUACUUCAGCUGUAUUGUAAAUAGUGUGUAAGUGUUUAUAUGUGUUUGAAAUUAAGAUCUUAUUGUUUAGAGAGAAUUAUGAUAUAUGUUUUCAAAUAAAAUUUAUUUGUCAAGCCUCACUUCCAUCUUUAUUGAAGGAUCUUCCAAAAACUUAGCAUGUUACAUGAAUGUUGAGUUUUCACUGUCACACCAUUCAAACAUGAAUCAUUAUAAAAAGAAAACAGCGAAAUAUUAAAUUUCAGAGUUCAUUCAGUUUCCAUAGCCGUAGCAGGCUGAGGAUCCUGCGGUCCACUAUCUUCUUCUGGGGGUUGCAAAGGAGCAGCAUCACCACCACUUUCAGGUUGAGAACUUCUCUUCUCCUCUCCUUCAAUCAUAGCAAGAUACCGGGCCAAAGUGUCUUCAUCAAACACCGAAAAGAGAGUUCCUUUGCCAACUAAUGAAAUGGAUACAUUCUGAAAAACAUGAAAAUUAAAUUUAUAUGCAGUAUUACCAAUUUUCAUACCUUGCUGAUAUUAUGAAGACUGGCAAUGAUCUUUUUAUUGUAUGAACAGUUUAUCUACAAGUACUAAAAGGAUUCAAUCACUUCCAAUGUUUUUCCAUUAGCAUUGCUGGUAUUUUGCAAAUAUUUCAAAGUGCUUUUUGCCUCUAAAAGAAAGUCUAAUUAGGAUUACAGAAUCAUUAACAUUACUUCAUUACUUCUAAGUUUUCUGACUACCACUAUAUUACUGAUUACCAAAUAUUAAGAAUAAACACUGAUUUUACAGACCUCUGAAUAUGUUUUUUGUAUAAAACGUAUAUUUAAAACUUGUGCAUGUACAUCACGCGCCAUUCCUUCAAGAUUCA